AUGAACGCACGCCAAACACAGGUGGUCUGUGUAACGGUGCUGAUCGGCGGCUUGCUGGGCGCGCUCAGCUACGCUGCCUACAGGCAGCUGAACCAGAAUGGUGCCGUCAGUCCGGACAGAAAAGCGCAUGUGUCCGAGUCUCCGGUGCAGCCCCCUGCUCUCGCUGCUGGUGCACAAGCAUCGCCACCCCCACCUCAGGCACCCAUCUCGCUCCCUGUCGAAUCACCAUACCCAGCAGCGGACAAAGCCAAGGCUCUGGAGCUGCUGAACGUCUUGAAGCAGAACGCGAACAUUGCCUUCCAAGAGGGCCGCUUUGAGGAUGCGCUGCGUGGUUAUCAGGACUGCAUCGAGGUUACGUCUGUCCUUGGUGCUGGCGACGCAGAAGCUGUCGCAACGGAGCAGAUUGUUCGCGCAAACGUGGCGAUGGUGUGCAUCCGCAUGCACGAGUACGACGCGGCGCGUGCGGUGGCGACAAUGCUGCUGCAGGACGCAGCGGUAGCUCUCCCAGAGGGCCUCAAGGUGAAGGUGCUCUACAGGCGAGGGCUGGCAAGCAAGGCACUUAACGACCGCGCGGCGGCGCUGGCGGACUUCAAGGCUGCUGUGCACUUCUCAAAAGACAGCAGGAACCCGGCCGCGGAAAAGGAAAUUGCACUGCUGCAGCGCGGCGAUGCAUGA